CUUAAACUAGUAAAUGAGUUUUAGUAAUGUGCAAAUUAAUGUUAAUUAAUUCGUUUGUAUCACAAUUGAACUACAUAUAAAUAUUUAAAACAGUUGUAAUAAGCCAGUGCAAUACCACUCACAUUCCUAAAAAAUAUUUCUAACGCAAGUUUUCAUUAAAAUUAUCUGAAACUCUUGUUCGUCACAACUGCACAACACUUUAAUAACAGCAACAAAGAUGUCAAUGAAUAAUUUAACUAUUGAUGGUGAAUUCCGUUAUAUUGUGCAGUGGUUUAACGAAUGGAGUGAAUUGCAACGUGAUGAUUUUGUACCAAUACUAGUAAAAUACAUAACGGGCACUCACACUAACGAAGACGAUGAUAAUGACGAACUUGCAGCUGCAGCAGCCACAACACCGGUUAAUAUGAAUGGUUUACCAAAUGAUCUUGAAUUCAAUGGAAGACCAAUGUCAUUAUUUCAGUGCAGGAUUAAACUGUUUAAUCAAUGGAAUCGUAGAUGGCCGUCAGAGUUUAAAGAAAAGUUACAACAAAAAAUUGGAGAAAUCGAUGGCAUAGUUGGUGAGAAAAUCAAAUUGGCCAUAAAUCCAAAUAAUAUCGGAACUCUUACGAAUGGUUAUGCCACAAAUGAACAACAUCCAGACAGUUUGGAACAGUCGAAAGAAAAUGGUGAAAAUUCAGUUAUAGUUGCUAAUUACCCAGCAGAAAUAGCAGCAAUGGCAUUGAAUGAUCCCAUGACAGAAGUUUUAAACAAUGAAACGUCUGUCGAUGACAUUGAAACGAAUGAAGAUGUCAACAACAGUAUUGAACAACCGCAAUUCAAUAAUAUUGCUACAAACACAUCAGCUUCACUUCAUGCUGGCAUUAAUAAUGAUGACAAGAAUGCUGUUGCUGCUGGUAAUGAUAAUGAUGAUGAAGUUUGUAGCAAUAAUACUACAAGACAAAAUCAUGCAAUUAAUGAACGUGAAGAACCUGUUGAACAAGUUGUACACAUGCAAAAUCUACAAAUAAAUGAAGAAAAAGUAGAGGCUGAAAAAGACCAUGAAGAUGUAACAGCAACUGUGGAGCAGAAACAGCCCCAGCAACCACAAGCGAUACCAUCCAUAACAGUUACAGUUAAUCCAGUCGUUGUUACACAAACAAUUACUACAAAUGCAGAAGUUCCUUUAGUAGUUUAAACCUGUUUGAAUUGAAUUUAUUUUCUUAUUUUAUAUUUCGCUAUACAGAACAUAGCAUCAUAAUCAUCAUCACCUUUACAAUUAUAAUUAUUUGAAAUAGCAUAAAAAGCAUAACAGAUAUGCCAACUAUUUGUACCGUUUGCUUUAAGCUCGUUACAUAUAUCAUGCAUCCAACAUAGAUUUAUACGCACAAUCAACAAGCAUUCCAAUUAAACUCAGUUUUAAUAUUUAAUUAAUUGUGGCAUAUAAAGUAAAUACUCCUAACUGAAGACACAAAAAAUACUAAUAAAAACAUUGAAAAUAACGUUUCAGAUGAA